GGAGGGAAGGCUUAUGAUGCCCAUAGCGCAGUUGCCAUUCUUGCCUCGUGUCGCGAAUCGUGAAUAUCGUGAUCACAGUCUGCCGGAUUCUCAGUUCAGUCUUCUUCAGUCGGCCUAGUUGGCUCGGUCGGGUGUGGUGUCUUUGAAGAUUCGUCGUAAGGCAGAAUCAUCGCAAAGGGAAGAUUUGUGCGGGACGGUCGAAUGGUCUCAGUAUACAGUCAGUAAUAAGUACUAAACCGGACAAGCUUGACGAAGAAUAAUACAUCUUCUUCAAAAUGGAUCCUAAUAACAGGCCCCUUAAUGGGAAAGGACGCGGUUCUUUCUUGUUGGAGAUGAUGAAACAGAAAGCACAAAACGAACGUGCUCAAACAAUGUCCCAUUCUGUAGAAACACCUAGCGUUUCGUCGACUGAUCAAACUAUAAGAUCGAUUGAACAGCCAUCAAGAUCGUCUGAAGGAUAUUCAUCGAUAGCCAGCUCAAGUAGCAGUGGAGGUCGCGGACGUGCGCAAUUAGUUAGUUUGUUAAAAUCAAUGAGUAGCAGUGAAUCAGAUUCCAGAGAACCCACUUCAUUAGCAAUGGGUCACGGUCGAGGCUCUCUCUCGGGUUUAAUAAAGAAACUUGGCAAACCAAGUACAUCUGCGCAAGAAAGUAUUGAAAAGGAUUCUGCGGGAGUUUUAACCAAAUUGGCUGACAUUUCCGUCUAUGAUAAUCCGCCCGUAUCCGACGUACAGUCUUCUGAGGAUAUCGCACCGAUAUGCCGACAAGGCAAAAGUGGAACGAAAGUAGAAACAUUUGCCAAUUAUAUAGAUCUGAAAAUAGAACCUGGAAAAGGUCUAUUUCAGUACGAAGUUAAAUUUUCGCCAGAAAUAGAUUCAGUAGGUUUACGCCGCAAACUACUUAAUCAACAUUCCGCCACUUUAGGACGAACAAAAACAUUUGAUGGAGCGGCGCUUUAUUUACCAAUAAAAUUGUCACAGGAAGUUUCUCGUUAUAAAUCGGAACAUCCAAUGGAUGGUUCACAAAUAACUCUUACGAUCAUUUAUAAGAAGAAACAGUCGAUGAGUGAAAAUAUUCAAUUUUUCAAUGUUUUGUUCAAUCGUAUCAUGCGUGCACUUAGUUUAGUUCGUAUUGGUCGACAAAAUUUUAAUCCAAAGUGCGCGCACGUUCUGCCUCAACAUCGAUUAGAAGUAUGGCCUGGUUACGUGACUGCCGUAAAUGAGUACGAAGGUGGUUUAAAAUUGUGUUUAGAUGCCAAACAUCGAGUGAUGCGGACGGAAACUGUACGAGAUUUAAUAAAAGAGAUUUAUCACAAAGCACAAUAUAAUUAUAAAGAUGCUGUGAUAAAUGAGAUAGUUGGUACAAGUGUAUUGACGCGAUAUAAUAAUAAGACAUACCGUAUAGAUGACAUCGAGUGGGAUAAGACACCAAGAUAUGUGUUUUCUAAAGGUGAUGAAAAAAUGUCUUUGAUCGAUUAUUACAAGUCGCAUUGGAAUAUCGAGAUUCAAGAUCAACAGCAACCACUUUUAGUACAUCGCAGUAAAAUUAGAACAGCAACUGGCGAGAAGGAGGAAAGAGUAAUUCUUCUGGUGCCGGAAUUGAGCUAUGCAGCAGGUCUUACUGAUAAUAUUCGUAAUAAUUAUAAUAUGAUGAAAGACUUGAGCACAGUUACGAAAAUGUCACCUGACCAACGUCGAGAAGUGAUUAGGCGAUUUGUAGAAGAGGUAGAAAAGAAUGAAGUGACUCGGGAAUUAUUAUCAGAAUGGGGUUUGCGUAUGAACAGUGAUAUAGUUCAAUUUACUGCAAGAUGUCUCGAUCCUGAAGAAAUACGUUUCGGGAAUCUCAAGAUACAUAAGUCACCUGACAGACCUGCAGAUUGGAGCAGUACUGCAGUAAAAAAUCCCAUGUUACGCACUCCUAAUUUGACCAGAUGGCAUAUUGUAUACUGUACAAGGGAUGAAAAUUGUGUAACAGAUUUCUUAAAACUUCUGCAACAAGUUUCAAGAUCGAUCAAAAUGCAAAUUCAAGAGCCACGAAGAGUCUCUCUAAAGGAUGACAGAACCGAGACUUAUCUGCGAGAAAUUCAAAAUAGCAUCAGCAAUGAUAUCGAAUUAGUAGUCGUCGUAUUUCCGACCAAUCGCACUGAUCGCUAUUCUGCAGUAAAAAAACUGUGCUGUGUACAAAAAGCUAUACCAUCACAAGUCAUCAUCGCGAAAACGAUUUCUAAGCCUCCUAAAUUGAAAAGUGUCACAGAAAAGAUAGCACUUCAAAUCAAUUGUAAACUAGGAGGAGCACUUUGGACCGUAUCUAUGCCGUUGAAAAACAGCAUGAUUUGUGGUAUAGACGUUUAUCACGCCGGUACAGGAGGAGGUGCAAGAAAAAGCGUAGCAGGAUUUAUCGCCUCUUUAGAUGCUCAAUUGACCAAAUGGCAUAGUAGAAUUUGUAUGCAGGCCUCUAAGCAAGAAUUGGUGGAUAUGUUACAAGUUUGCCUUACUUCAGCCAUUAAUGCAUAUCACAAGUAUAAUGGAUGUAAUCCAGACCGUAUAAUUAUAUAUCGUGACGGAGUUGGUGAUGGAGAUCUGGACUAUGUCGAAAACUAUGAAGUAAAGCAACUAUUGGCAACAUUUAAUCGCAUUGCGCCAAAUUACAAGCCACAACUCAGUGUAAUCGUCGUUCAAAAACGUAUCAAUACGCGGCUAUUCAUCAGACAGAAAGCAAGAGGGGGAGGUUUUUUAGACAAUCCUGCACCAGGAACCGUUGUUGAUUCUUGCAUAACGAGGCGAAAUUAUUACGACUUCUUCCUCGUGCCACAAAAUGUGCGACAGGGUACAGUAACUCCCACUCAUUACGUCGUUAUUCAUGAUUCGUCCAACAUUGAAACGGACCACAUGCAACGACUGACGUAUAAACUUUGCCACUUAUAUUACAAUUGGCCCGGUACGAUUCGUGUACCCGCUCCUUGUCAAUAUGCACACAAACUUGUGUACCUGGUUGGUCAAAAUCUUCUAGCUGAACCACACCAAGCCCUUUCAGAUAUUUUAUUUUAUUUGUAACUUCCACCAUUAUUUAAUGUUAUUUUGUCUCACAAUUUGUCUUCUUUUCUUUUUUUUUUUUUUUUUUUUUUUAAUGAACAAAUCUCUUUAUCGUUAGAUAAAUCAAAUCGAACAUUUCGGAAAAAUCACUGAAUAUCACAAGAAUGAUUAUAUGAUUCGAUUGUGCUUCUGCAGAAGUCGAAGCAAAUCGCUCAAUGAUGAAUGCCAAUCUUGCAAAACUAUGUGUACUUGUACUUACUGUACGUAUAUGUAUAUAUACGUGUGAGUUAAAAUAGUCCAAAGAUUAUAUAGAGAAAGAGAAAUAUAUAUGAGAGACUACUACCAAGUAUACUAUGUGAUAAAGCACUUGGAAUAUGUCUCUUCCAUACUUAAUUUAUGUUAUGUAGUUGACACUUGCAUUUAUAUUUACCUAGAAAGUAACAGUUGCUGUAGCACUCGGGUAAAUAUCAAUGCAAGUUUGCUAUUCUCAAAUAGAAUUUCAUCUUGUUAACUGUAUAUACAGCUAAGAUCUCUUUUUUGUUGCAAGAAGACUAACAAUUGUGUUUCAUGUAUUUGAGAUUAUUUUGACUUUUGCAUUAAUUACGUAGCAUUAAGAAGAGUUGGAAAGGCUUCACCUUAAUUUUUGUAUUAUCAAAAUGGUUUUAGCAAAAUCUGACAAAAUUAUUCAAUAGGUAGUAUUACAAAACAUAAAUUGU